CAUAUUCAUAAUCACGUCGCAUUUCGCGAUACUAACUUUCGUCUCUAGCUUAUCCAAAGUAGCCCAGAAACAGCAUCUGAUGGAGUCGAAACUCUUAAGAUGUGCUCCACACCAACCUCAACACUAUUACCCUUCUUCAAAUGCCGUCUGAACCUCUUCUCAACUCUCAACACUCGCGAUCUCCACUCCAUUCCCUUUCCGCCGGCAGUUCAGAUCGCGCAGCUCCCUCUAGGCAUUCUCAAAGCCAAAAGUGAUGGGGAAUCGGCCCAGUGUUUAUGUAUUCAGCCUAUGCGGUAUGGCAAUAUUAGGUCUAGUCCCAGAGUGUUCGCGCUGGGAGGAAAGCGGAGUGGUUUUGCGUUCCCUGCUGCUGGCGACGUCAAGAUGCCUAAACUAUUGGGAAGGUUGGGGUCAGAACGUCCUUCCUUCGGGAAGAGAGGUAGAAGUUGGGUCCUUCUUGCCAGCUCCGCUCGUCAUCGUCAGUGUCUGGACAAGAGUCUCUGCAUUUUCGCUGUGUUCUCGAUGUCUUAUCAAGCUAUAUCGAUAUCCUUACAAGCUAUCUCCUUGGGUCGAUAUACAAAUUGGAUUCUCUUUCAUUGAUCAUAUCACAGGAUUAGGUCAGAAGUUUGCGUAUACGGAUAUACUACUGCACGGGCGUCACUCUUGCUCGCUCGACGUCACUGUAAGAAGUGACCUGGCUAGCAGAUAUUCAGCCAGGCAAAAGGUAGCCUGAUUUUUGAUGCGUCAAUCUUUACGUUGUAGUUGGAGUAUCAAAAGCCUAUCGGGGCACCCUAGGCAGUGCCAGGGAAGGGCCCAAACUAAUAAUGUCCUAGACCUGUAACAUUGGCGACUAACGGACUUG